AAUAUUCAGUAAAAGUGGAACGUGUAGCUGAAUGAGGGAUAGCUUCUGAGCAGGGUUCUUCAGAGGUGUUAAUUGUUUGGAAAUUUAUAUGACUCGUAUUCUUUUGAAAUUUUGAGUUUCUGUAAACUUAAUAAUAAGCCACCGAGGAGUAAAAUUAUCCAGAAAAUAAAGUAUAAUGCUUAUUUAUACAUUUUUAGUCUAAUACUAUUUCGGUUAUUAUGGUCGUAUGGCUGAAUAUAUCUGUGCUUUGUGCAACGCGCAUCGUUAUAGUACAUGGAACUGAAUGUUUCGGACUGUUUAUGCUAAAGUGCUAAGGAUUAGAAGGGAUUCAUAUUUAUAAAGGUUGGAAAACAAUAGAUGGAACUCGGAAAGAAAAGAUUUGCCAUUUUGCUCUUGGAUAUUUUUUACGCCAUUUUAAGGUAGCUGCACAUUUUAUUUCUUAAUUGACCCUUGACCAUCUACACAGAAGUUUUUAAUAUAAUCUCAACACUAACUAACACACCACUUUUGAAACUUACUACAAGGCACAGUCGGAAGAAUUUUGGAAGAUUGGAAUUAAAUAGAAAACACAAUUUUUAGUCUUUCGAUUGAAAUUUUUUUAUUGAAUCAUAAAGUACAUAAGAUAGGGUUAUUUAUGAACAUCACGCAAAUGGCCUACACGGCUUUUCAUAUGCAUACGCAGUUGCUUGUCAAAAUUUUCCAUGACUGUUCCGCAUGAAUGUGGCUGAAUUUUAUUGAUUCAACGUUGAACAUCCUGCUUUGAAGCCCGCGUGGUUGUGGGUUUGUUGUAAUAUACCUGUGAUUUCAAAUAACCCGAUAAAAAUGAAUAAAAUGGUGUUAAAUCACACGAUCUAGGGGGCCAAUUCUGAUCACCUAAACGUGAGAGUAUACGAUCGGGAAAUGCCUUAUGCAGUUAUUGAAGUGUUUCACGGGCUGUAUGACAUGUGGCACCGUCUUGUUGAAAUCACAUACCUUAUAAAUAACAUCUAAUUUCGGCAAAAAAAACUGUGCUAACAUGUCGAGAUAUCGAGCACCAGCAACAGGCACUGCUUGACCAGCCUUAUUUAUAAAAAGUGUAGUCCAAUUAUUCCUCCAACCCAAAAUCCCCACCAAACAGUGACACGUUGUGGAUGCAAUUGUUUUACGACAAUCACCUCAAAAGCGGCAAUUUUGGCGAUUUUGCUCGAUGACAGCUAUUAUAAAAGCUCAACUGACUACACUUGUAUCAUACCAUCAUUAGUAAAAUAUAUUUGUUAGCAUUUAAUUCACUUGAAUUAUGGAUAUUAUGAAUGGACAACUCGUCAGAAAAGGCAAAUCUCGAAUUUUAUUAAACAGCUUGCAAAGUUAAAUGGUCCUGAUAUCGACCAUCGGAAGUACAAAUUCAGUUCUAAAAUGUAUACUUUACUUCCCAUCUGUUUGCACAAGUACACGACACAUCGUUCACCCGCUGCUCAAACUUCUUGCGAACAUCAAUCAUAAAGCAGUGUACAUAAAUAACAUGUACACGACACAUCGUUCACCCGCUGCUCAAACUUCUUGCGAACAUCAAUCAUAAAGCAGUAUACAUACCGAGGUUACAGUACGUUUAACAAUGAAAGAUAUAAAGGUGGUCGGAUGCCUGGCGUAAGAAACACAGAUAGACGUCGGCCGCAAAAUAUUUCUUCAACUUCAUCUUUAGCGCCACGCGUUGUAUUAUCCCGGUUGGAACCAAGAGAAUUUGAACGUCUCAAGCUAUCGUAUAAAGUAGCUCUUAUUGACCAAAGAAAAACCAGAAGCUGCCGUGGUAUGAACAUGGGCCAAAAAAUAAGUGGAGGUUCAAAAUCAGUUAGCCGAAAUGAUUCACAGGCGAACUUUAAACCAAUAAUACCACGUGAACUUGCAGCUGAUUUCAUAAAACCCACUCGUUUAGAUAUUUUAUUGGAUAUGCCACCAGCCAGUAAGGAAGUCCAGUUGAAACAUUCGUGGAACUCAGACGAUCGAUCACUAAAUAUAUUUGUAAAAGAAGACGAUAAAUUGACAUUUCAUAGACAUCCUGUAGCUCAGAGCACAGAUUGUAUUCGUGGAAAAAUUGGUCUUACAAAAGGAUUACAUAUAUGGGAAAUAUACUGGCCUACAAGGCAAAGAGGUACACAUGCAGUGGUAGGAGUAGCCACAGCUGAAGCGCCUUUACACUCAGUCGGCUACCAAAGCUUAGUGGGUUUGUCAGAUCAAAGUUGGGGUUGGGAUUUAGGUAGAAAUAAACUAUACCAUGAUUCUAAAAACUGUGCUGGAAUCACUUAUCCAGCCAUACUUAAAAAUGACGAAGCUUUCUUAGUCCCGGAUAAAUUUCUUGUUGCUUUGGAUAUGGACGAAGGUACAUUAAGCUUUAUUGUUGAUCAACAAUACCUCGGAGUUGCAUUUAAGGGGCUCAAAGGGAAAAAACUUUAUCCUGUCGUUUCUGCUGUCUGGGGCCACUGUGAAAUUACAAUGACAUAUAUUGGCGGAUUAGAUCCUGAACCUUUGCCGCUAAUGGAUCUUUGUAGAAGGACUAUCCGCCAAAAAGUAGGGCGCACACAUUUAGAGGAGCGUAUUCAAGAACUACAACUUCCUUUAUCCAUGAAGAAGUACCUACUGUACAAAAAUCGAAGAUAAUACUUUAAUAUAAUAACUUAAGAUUUAAUUUUCAUUUAAAGUAACUUCACUCUCAAAUAGUAUCGUUAAAGCUGCAAAUGUUGCCACUAUUACACGCGUAAGAUCUCCAAAAAUUCGGUCUAUUUUGAAUAACAAACGUAUUAAGUGUAAUUAUAACAUUCUUUACUUUUGACUACAGACUCGUAUUAAAAAUAUUUUAUUAAAUAAGCCUAAAAACUAUCUGGCUUCCCUGUAUAAGGAAGCUUAAAAUAGCAAAGAAAAAAGCUGUAGGCAUGUUUAAGAUUGUUUAUUUGAAUUAUACAAUAAAUUCACAUAAGUAUAUAUUUUUCCUUGCAGCAAACGCAAUGAUUGUAAUAAUUUAUAUAAAUAUGUCAAUACCAUUAAUUCCUAAGAACUAUCGGGGAAAGUGAGUAAUGGUACUAGAAUAUGUAAGAUCUUUAUUGACGAAAUCAUAUCUUUGUUUAAUAAUAUAAUUUCAGAUACAGUAAUAUAAAUAUUUGCAAAUUUUUCCAUUU